AUGACCAGUCACCCGCGUCACCCCUGGCAGCUCCUGGCUGCGGCGACACCGCCAAACGACGGCAAUGCUCUCCUGGCUGAGCUCAAGAAGCACAAGGUAGACAAGUGUGACCUGACGCCGUGCUUCGUCUGCAUGCUGCCAGCGCCUCACUUCAUGCGUUUACAACGCCUGCUGUGUGCCUUCAUGACGUGCCAACUUUCAUUGGUGAUGACGAUAGAAGAAGCAUACGUGCACUGCACCCUCGCCCAAGCGCCAUGCAAGCCCGUCCUAACCCCAGCAAUGAAGGAGGUCGUGAAGGAUUGGGCCGCCCAGGGUCUCAAGCCCAAGCGUAGCUACAAUGCUCUUCUGCAGCGGUUCGGCCUCACCAAGAGGACGGCUCCCUCUCUAGCCACGAUGCAGCGCAUUGCGCACCAUCACGUGACUGGACGACUCGGCGGGAGCGAUCUACUAGAUGCUUCGCAGCGACCGGACGGCAAGCCCAUUUCUGGGAACGGAAGUGACUUGGAUUCAUUCGUGGUGGGCAUCAGCUCCAAGAAGCUCCUUCGUCGCGCCGAUCGAGACCCGGAGUCGUUCAUCUUUCAUCUUGACGCUACCUACAAGCUAACUCAAGUCGGCUAUCCUGUCGUUGUGGCCGGGAUUUCAGACCGAGCGAGGCGGUUCCAUCUCGUGGCGAUCUUCAUCGUCUCCCAACAACAGCAGCAGCACUUCGCGGAGAUCCUUGGGCUGCUGGCGCGGACGUACAUGUCGAUGACGGGGAAGCCACUGCGAGUUCGCUAUGUGAUGGGCGAUGCUGACGCAGCCCAGUGGAGCGCGAUUGACGAGGUGUUCGGGGAAGAGUGCAAUUACGUGUUUCUCAUGUGCUACAUUCACGUGGCAAAGAAGGUUUAUGAGAAAACACGCUCCCUUCCCACUGCCAUGGCUGUGUCGGUUAUGAAAGCCAUACACAAGAUGCACUUUGCCGCCAGCGAACCAGCCUACCAGAAAGUGCUCGAAGAAGCUCAAGAAGAGUGGUCCAAGAGUCCUGAGCUCAAGCGAUUCUCACAGUACUUUUCUAAAGUCUGGCUCAACCAACGGCUCUGGCGAUGGCAGUGCUUUCACACGCCUAGUGGAUUCGCCACGACAAACAAUCCGUGCGAGACCUACAACGCCAUGAUCAAACGAGAUGUGACUCUACGCAGAAAGCUCAAGGUGGGUGCUUUAAUCCCACAGCUACUGUUGCUGUGCGAGAGCGAAGCCGUAGUUGCACGGCCGUUUGCUACUGCACCUGAAGCUGAUGCACGCCUCCUACGACGUCAUUCCUACUCGCAAGUACCCCGGAAGAAGACCAGCAAGAUGUGGUUCAUGUGGUCAGCCGGGCCUCGCCGCGCGUGCUGGACGAGAUACGCCGACGGACCGUUGAAGAUCUACCUGUCACUGCCCGACUGA